CCUUCCAAGCACAUCUCCCUCGGAGCAUCAACGCUGGCAACAGGCUGAAAACACACCAGGGCCUAUAAUACCCGGGGCCGCUUAUCAUGGCUGCCACCAUCGCAGCAUCAGUAGGCGCGACGGCGGUCGCUGCCGCCUAUCUCGACGCGAAGCUGCAUCUCCGUCAAGACCUGCACGACCUGCGUGCUCGCAACAGAGGCAAGGCGCGCAUCGCCCAGCUGAUGCGCAAGAAGCAACUUUCGGCCUACUAUGCCUUUGAGAGAAGCGCACUUGCCGCACCCGAUCAGCAGUGCAUAUGGUCACGGAAGGGCUGCUACACCUAUGCAGAGGCUUACAAUCGUGUUCACCAGUAUGGGAACUUCUUCCGAAGCCGGGGCAUUGGGCCUGGCCAUCUCGUUGCUCUCUUCAUGGACAACAGCCCGGACUUUGCAUUAGCCUGGUUGGGACUCUGGGCCAUUGGCGCCGCCCCAGCCUUGAUCAACCACAAUCUUACGAACCAGGCCCUUCUGCACUGUCUGAACGUUGCGGGGAGUAACCUCAUCCUUGCAGAUGGCCGCCCAGACUUACUGCAGCGGCUCGAAGCUGUACGACCCGAGCUCAGCGAGCAGAAUAUCGAAAUCAUUCAGCUUGGUGAAGUUUUGCCAGAGCUCCACAGGACAAGCACGGAGCGCCCGCCCGACGAGUUGCGGGCUGCGAUCACGCCAACCUCACCUUUUGGACUGCUUUACACUAGUGGAACAACCGGCUUGCCCAAAGCUGGUGUUAUUCCUAUGAUGGCCGGCACCACUGCAGGUGUCAGCCGCGAAUGCGGCUUUUCCAUCGUGCAGGGCGAUGGGCAGCGGUAUUACGUCUGCAUGCCAAUGUAUCACGGCACAGGAGGCAUCAGCGGCAUGACCCAGCUGCUUACAGGUCAGACACUGCUCAUCGCUCCGAAAUUCAGCGCAUCGGGCUUUUGGGAUGACAUCCGCACUUCGGAAGCCACGUGGUUUGCAUAUGUCGGCGAGACACUGCGAUACCUUUUGGCUGCCCCUCCUUCGCCGCUUGACAAGAGCCACAAGGUACAUGGCAUCUAUGGCAAUGGCCUGCGGCCCGACGUCUGGAAAGCAUUCCGCGACAGGUUCGGCAUCACAACAGUGUUUGAAUUCUUCAACAGCACCGAAGGCGUCCUUUCGUUUGACAACAGGUGCCGUGGCGAUUUCCGGGCUCACGCUGUGGGACACCACGGCUGGCUCUAUCGCCGCAGGUUCCGUGAUACAUAUGUGCCCGUCGAGAUCAACCCGGAUACGGGUGAUCUCGUGCGGGACCCAAAAACCGGCUUUGUCAAGCGCGUCCCUCCCGAGGCCGGCGGCGAGAUCCUCGUUGCCCAGGGUACGCCCUUGGCACCAAUGUUUGGUGGGUACUAUGGGAAUACAGAGGCUACGGAGGGCAAGUUUGUGCAUGAUGUGUUCAAGCGGGGUGACAAGUAUUACCGUACUGGCGACGCACUCCGGCGCGAUAGCGAGGGACGCUGGUUCUUCAUGGAUCGACUAGGCGACACAUUCCGCUGGAAGGGUGAAAAUGUCUCCACGGCAGAGGUUGCUCAGGUGCUAGGACAGUACCCCGGGGUCAGCGAGGCUGUUGUUUAUGGUGUUUCUUUGCCAAACCAUGACGGUAAAGCCGGAAUGGCGUCCAUCUUCCUGGAUGACUCUGUCACAGACAUUGACUUUACAGGUCUCCUGAGACAUGCACGCAGCCAGCUCCCCAAGUAUGCGGUGCCUCUUUUCCUUCGACACAUCAAGAAGCGUUCUGCUACACACAACAACAAGCAGGACAAGGCACCUCUUCGCAACGCUGGCAUCGACCACUCCAAGGUCGAAGGCGAUCCGCUGUUCUGGGUUGACAACUUGGGCAAGGGAGACAAAUAUGUGCCAUUUACAGAGGAGGAUGGCGCUGCACUACAGGCUGGUCGUGCCAAGCUGUGAACAGAGGUAGAGAAAUGGUCCUCAAAAUGCGACAAUGUACAUUA